UGGAGAGUGGGAAUAGGUAGUUUCUGGAGGGGAAGGGCUAACCAUUCGGUAGCAAAUGCUGGUAACCCGUCGCAAGGUCAAGAUCAGUCGGUUAAUCCCAUCCAGUCGGCUGAGGGCCUUGCACCUUGCACAACGAAUAAUUCUGCCUCUCCGUUUGUUCGCAAUACGUAUAUAUGUUAGCUCGCGCUUCAACGCGAUAUACGUGACAAAUAAAUUAACGUGUGAUUAACUAGCUACCGUCGCGAUACAAUAACGCUUGGAGAUUAAAUAAAUUGUUUUUAAAGAACGUAUGGCCUUAUCCGAUCUACGUUGAAAUUCGUCAGCGAUGGACCUUUUAUGUGACACGCUAUCUACAAACAUCUAGUGUUCUACUGGACCGUGAUAAAUGUGUUUUGAUUUUGUCCCACCGAAACGUUCUAUUUUAAUAUUACGGAUGUGCCCAAAAUAAUUAUUCGUUAAGUGAAAGUAUCCAUACAGUGUGGUAAAUCCUUAAAAUACUUUCCACGCGGGUACCUGUUAUGGAAACUUGCGUAUUGAUACCUAGAGAAUUUUCCUUGGUCCUCACCAAUGAUCAGUCAUCCUGCAAAAAUCUCUUCAAGAAUGAUUCGAGUACAUUAGACGUGAGAGUUUCGGUAUGGUCAAAUGUGUUUAUACCAUCGGGAACCUUGAUCUAUCCGUUUCAAGGAUCAAUUAGGUUCGACAAGAUCGAUCUUUAUUCCCUCCUUGAUGACAAUGAUAUCAGACGUGAAUACGGCUGCUACGAUGAAGUCUUCUUUUCCAAUUACAAUCUUAACAAGCGACAAUGCAAUUGGAUAAGAUUUCUUCGUAUUGUUCAAUCGUAUGAUGAACAAGUUAAUCUAAUCGGUACAAAGGUAAAGGGUGAACCUAUAUUUGAGGUAAUAAAGAACGUUCAACCGGACACCGAACUAGUGGCUUGGUUCCUGCCAGUAACGCAGCAGGACUUUGUUAUCAUUUCGCACGAUGUAUGUUCCAGAUCGGCAAUCUACAGGUGUACGAUUGAUUCAAUUUUGGACGAAUCCCCGCUGGACUUAUCGAUGACGCUACUCGCUCAUCAUUCUUUACCACCGAUAUCACACUCUUAUUACGAGUUGGAUGAAUACGAAUCGACGUCCGAGGAAUCCUCAUCAUCGACGUUAUCGUUGGCCGGUGAUCACCUCGAUUGCAGUAUCCUGACGACAAUUAAGAGAGGAGAGAGGGUUUUAUUACCCUGCGAGGUCUGCGGCAAAUCCUUCGACCGGCCGUCUCUCCUGAAACGACAUAUGAGAACGCAUACAGGGGAGAAACCGCAUGUCUGCAUGGUGUGCAACAAGGGUUUCUCAACCUCGAGCUCGUUGAACACGCACAAGCGCAUUCACAGCGGCGAGAAACCUCAUCAGUGCCUCGUCUGCGGAAAGAAGUUCACAGCCUCGUCAAAUCUCUAUUAUCAUCGGAUGACUCAUAUCAAGGAAAAACCACACAAAUGUUCACAAUGUUCAAAAUCAUUUCCGACGCCGGGUGACUUGAAGAGUCAUAUGUACGUGCAUAACGGACUGUGGCCAUUUAGAUGUCAUAUUUGCAGUCGCGGUUUCAGCAAACCAACCAAUUUGAAGAAUCACAUGUUGCUCCAUCUGGGCAGAUGCUCCAACAAGAAGUACAUCAAGUCUAUCUCUGACUUUUGAUCGACUGUUACAAUUUGUAAUAAUUUUACUUAAAAUUUUGUUAAUUACUAACGUAUGCAUAUAUGUAUACGGAUAAUUUGCAUUGUUGGUCAAAAACCCAUAAUUUAAUGAGACAACAAUGUGUGAACGCAAUUCUACUGUACGGCGAUUGAUUCAGGUCAUACUUAAAUACAUUGUAUUUGAUCUCAUCUCCAU